GAGGGAAGAGAGAAAAACAGCAGCGCAGAGGAGAAGCAGCAACUCUUUUACUUUUUAUUUGGCUUGUUUAAACCAACAGAUACUGAUUUGUAAUGUGAUCCGUGAGGGAAACAAAUGGACCGAUCUCCUCUAAAGUCCACUCACAGCUCAUCCUGUGUCAAACUCUAUCUGUGCUCCAACCCAGACGACAGCGUGGUGGAGCGCCGAGCUCUGAGAGAGAGCGUGUUCCCCAGACUGAGAGAGCACUGCAGGCGCACACUGGGACUGGAUGUCACGGUGAUCGACCCAUUCGAGUCCAGUGAUCCCAGUCGUUGGCCAGAUGAGACCACCAGACAGCAGCUGAUUAAAGAAUGCAGAGAGAGCUCCGUGGGACCUUUUUUACUGGCUCUGGUAGGUCAUCAGUAUGGCACAGCCAGUCUGCCUGCACAGGUGGAGGUGUCGGAGUACCAGCUUCUCUUGCAGGAAAGCCAGCAGGCGGGCGUGAGCACCCAGGAGCUGGAGAGGGUGUACCAGAGGGACGAGAACACCAUCCCUCCCUCCUACUGCCUGAGGCCUGCACACACACAUGCCUGCUCUCCUCAGGUCAGUGAGGAAGAGGAGAUGAAGAUGAAGGCUAAAGAAGACGAGCUGAGGAAGGUGUUUCAGUCCACCGUGAGUCUGUGUGUCCACAGAGGUCUGAUGACAUCAGAGAGAGCCCAGAGCUACUACAGAUCAGCCCUCGACGCAGAUCUGCGAUUUGCUCUGGACAACUGUCCCAGUGAUGACAUCAUCGGACGCUGCCUGGUUUACGUCCACAAGGUUGUCAAUGCAAACGGAGACAGAGAGGGCAGACAGAUGAACCCGCAGCCACAGUCAGAGGCCACCACCUCUGACCUUAAGACAGUACCCACUGAUGGACAGUUACUCUCAGAGCUCUGUGACAGCUUCCUCCCGGGUCUCAUCACCUCAUCCCAGCUUCUGGUCUACACCACCACCACAGAGUGUCGCCAUGGUUACACGACAGCCAGGAGGUGGGGCUACACCGAGUCUCUGUGCCAGCAGGUGUACGCCGACCUUGUGGCGUUGACUGACAGCGUGGACGUCUCAGAAUCCAGGGAAGACUCUCGGCUCGGUGACGCAUUGGCCAGAGAGCAGGCUGAGCAGGAGGAGCUGCGUGACAUCAUGUCCCAAUUUUAUGAUGUCAUCCGUCCAGAAGAGGAGAAGAUCAGAGCCUAUGUGACGCAGAGGGAAGUACAGCGCCCACUAGUGGUGACAGGAGGACCAUGCACAGGGAAAGCAGUGCUGCUGGCACACUGUGCUCAACAGAUAAAGUCUUGGCUACCAGACUGUGAUCCUGUGGUGAUCACUUAUUUUUGCAACCUGACCGCCAACCCUCACCCAGAACAUCUGCUGUCGAGCCUGUGUUAUCAAAUAGCUGGCAAAUAUCAGGGCAUCGCUUCCUAUGAGCAGAAUCCCAACGACCAGGACGGUCCUGGCUGUGUUAGUAAGCUGAGAGACAGCAGCUCCAAAUGUGAACCCACCACCAGCAAACCUGUUUCUGACUUUCACUUCAGUACCAACCCAUGCCCGCAUCCUACUGGCAUCAUAAAACCUGACCUAUCUGAAGUUAAAGAACAUCUCUCAUUCCUCUUCUUUCUCAUGCCUUCUCCCACACAUCCUCUAGUUCUUAUCCUCGAUGGUCUCGAUCACAUUGAAAGGAGCUUUGGGCCUCAAAUCAUCAGCAGCCUCCCUUCAAAUCUUCCACCAAAUGUCAAAGUCAUCCUUGCAGUCUCCUCUAAACGUACACAGAUCCUGCAAGCCAUUGACUCGCAAUGCAGUCCUGCAAACUCUGGAUCAGAGGGCGGUGAGGAGGAGUCAGGUCAUGUGUGCGUGCCGCUGGGGUCGGCAGACAGGAAGCAUUGUGGGCAGAUGUUGGAGUCACUGCUGAGCAGCUCAGGCAGGAGGGUGACAUCAGGACAGCAGGCGCUGGUGAACCAGGCACUGACGUCUUGUUGCCUGCCGCUCUACGCUCGACUCCUGCACCUGCACACCUCGCUCUGGCACUCUGAUUCAGAUGUGACUGAGUCGUCUCUCCCCGAUGGCGUCCACUCUUCCACCUCCGCACUGCUGGAUCAGCUCGAGCAGAAACAUGGCGCCCCUAUAGUCGCCCGCGCCGUCUCCUUCCUCACCCUGUCCAAGACUGGGCUCACCGAGGCCGAACUGGCUGACCUGCUGUCCAUUGAUGAUGAGGUGCUGUCGAAGUACAUUCAACCAAGUGAAUGCCCUUCCGGCAGUAUGCGGGUCCCGCAAAUUGAUGUAGAGAGACUUCUGUUGGAUCUGAGGAGGUUUCUCAUUAAGAGGACCGUUGCAGGGUUGCAUGUUUUGUCCUGGGCAAGCAGACAUUUCAAGCUGGUCGUGCUUAAGAAGUAUUUAGGUCCUCCCGAGGCGAGGAGGGAGAUCCAUUCGGAGAUGGCUGACUAUUUCAGCGGCCGAUGGGCUUGCGGACGUGCUAAACCACUUUUUGUAAACCAGAAUUCCUCACCAAACGUGCACACCGCCCAAAUGAAUAUUAACAUCAAUAGGCAGCCUCCCAGCCAGCCGUUUAUCUUCUACUCCCCUUCUGAAGAGUUCGGCCGAGUGAACUUGAGAAUGGUCUUAGAAUUGCCGCACCACUUGCAGGAAAGUAACAAAAAGUUUGAGCGAAAGCUUUUGAUGUCUUUGGGGUUUCACCUGGCUAUGGUUCGAGCUGGACUCCUGGGAGAUCUGGUAGCCAUGUUGGAAGGUGACGAGGGGUCAUCCCACUGCCCGGAAACAGCUGUCAUAUCAAGCAUAUUGAAGUCUUGCGCUUGCUCACUGCAGAGCUCACCUCUGCUGCUGCCCACACUUAUGGAGACGAGCCUCCUUCCUUAUCUGGAGGCAUUUCCCGCACUCGAGAGUUUCGUCAGACAGAUCAGAGAGGAGAGGGAGGAAAGAGGAAGCGGAUUAGGCGUAGCGCUUUGCCCUGCUCCUUCCUCCGUUCCCUCUGUUGAGUGUUUAAAGCCUGAUGCCAAAACCAGGGAAGCUUCUGUUGCACAAGUAGCUCAGACAGAGUGUGGGAUUGUCGCAGAGAUCAUGGAUGAUGGAACGGCAUGGUUUUGGAAGGGCUCAGGGUGCAACAUACUCAAACUGUCACUGAGCUGUGAGCAGAGGGAGCUGAAGUUUGCAGGAGUGAAGAGUAGCGGUCAAUUUGUGCUGCUUUCUACACAAUGCAACAAGCUUUUCCUGUGGGACGUGACAGGCCCAGAGGAGUUUCAGCAGCUUGAGUCUGGACCAGAGUCAAGCCAAGAAACGCCGAACAGAAUGGAAGGGUUCGUUGCGUGUCAGGACAAGUUGUUUAUGUGGUGGAAAGAUCAGAGUUUUGUGAGUCUUUUUGAUGUCUAUACUGACACCAUGACUCAUUUCCAGUGCCAGAGCUGUGUGACCAGUUUGGUUUGCUCCUCUGAUGGCUUUCACAUGUACUGUGGCCACGAGGAAGGCACAGUGUCUGUAUUUGACACGAACACCGGCCGUCUCCUCAGCACCUGUUCAAACACAAAUCACAAUGCAGUUGCACUGAUGAUCCUCUCUGAAGAUAAGAGGGAGCUGGCAUGUGUUGACAGGAUGGGAGAUGUGAUCCUCUGGGAUACGAAAACACAACCACCCAGGCUUGUCAAAGAAACCUUUACAGGAGAUAAAUCUAACAACAUCGUCAAUACAGAUCACUCAGACGAAAUCAGCGCUUUAUUGGUGUGUCAUUCUCACCAGGUUACCCUGUGGGACACAUGUGACUGGGAGCUGUGGGACCAGUUCGUAGCUCCUCAGGGGAGGGCCUUCUCUCAAGCUGUGCUCUCCCAGGAUGGCCACUUUUUCCUUGCUUUGUUAGAUCCUCUAGUCUUGGUGUGGAGGAUCAGCACAGGGGAGUGUGUCCUCUCCUUACAGACAAACAGUCAGCCGCGUACGCUCCUCAAAACGGCCUCAAGUGUCAUUUGCGUCGCUUGUGACGGCUGCCUCACAGUGUGGGCCUCUGAGGCGAUAGGCGCUGCAGGCGCAGCUCAGAAAAUGCGCUGUGGAGUGAAAGAAGUGGUAGUCGAACAAACAGGGGAGUGGUUCUACACCACUGAUGGGUCAGAGACAGUGUGGAAAUGGGGUUUAGAAACAGGACUUCCACAUGCAGGCUUCCUACAUGAUGGUCCUGUGGAAAAACUGCGCCUUUCUCCUGAUAACGUCCACUUUGUGACACUGUCAUCAGGGGAUAUUUAUGUUUGGCAGGCAGAGUCUGGUCAGAACAUCUUACGCAUGAGUGGCAGCAGAGCAACAGACAUCCUGAUCACCCCUAACAGUAACUGUGGGGUGAGUGUUUCUGAACGACAGUUGUCCAGGGUUUGGAAGCUGGCAAAAGGGAGCAUUGUGUGUAGCAUACACCUGUACCUAUCUGAUGCCCAGGUGUCUCCUGAAAGCACCUUCCUUAUUGGCCUCCGCCGUGGAGACUUGUUAGCUGCCAGUCUGUGGUCGGGCUCGAUCAGCAAGCGUUUCUCCUGCGUGGCAAGCUCGGAGCAUGUCGUCGCUUUCCACACUCUUUCAGAGCACCCGGAGUUUGUGGUGUUGAUGGCCGCCUCAGGGGCAGUGUACACCUGGAAGGUGGCAGAAGAAACGGUGUGCAGGCACUUUUUGCUGCCUUAUUCUUUUAACUGUCAGCCACAAGUCUUUCAGAUGUCCUCUAAUGGGAGCUUCGCGUUGCUCUCCACUGAAGAUGAAGACAUCAGACUCUUGGACUUAUCUCAGGUCAGGCUGUGCUCAUUCAAGGCUGAAGCUCCUGUCACAAAAGCUUGUUUGGAUAAAAGUGGAUGCUACGCCGCCUACGUAUCCCACUUCAACACCCCGGAGAAAAGCUGCGUGCAUAUGAGGCCAGUCCUCACAGUUGUACGACUCGCAGAUGGGGAAAGAAUAGGAAGCGUGUGGCUGUGUAAGGAUCCGUUGACUCUAGUUGUGUGUGAGCAGCAUGUGUUUGUGGGCUUUGAGGACGGGUCUGUAGGUGUUUACUCCAUUUUAGAUGAUGGGAAGGAGGUCAGGCCAAGGGAGCGUUUGAAUGGUCAGUUGAAACAAUGCCCUUUUGACAAAGCACCAUACAGCUGGUUACCGUUACAAACCGCCAAUAUCAUAUGGCCUUAAGAUUAUUGUACACUGUCAUUGGACUGUCAGACUGUUUUUGUAAUGCUAAUGCUGAAUGCUAACCAAGUAAAAUUUGUAGGUACUGUACUUUACUGAAUCAUUCCCACAUUUCGGCUACUUUAUCCUUCCACUCUACUUACUACUUUGGAGGCAAAUAUUAAACUUUUACUUCACUACAUUUAUUUGAUAUCCUUAUUUAUUAGUUACUUUGCAGAUUGCAUGCUGUAGCGCAUUUUUAAAUUAAUUUAUUCUAUUCUCACUUGGAUAAAAGAAAAACACAGAUUCUGAUAACCAGCAAAAUUCUGAAUACAAGGUCAAAUAAUCAAUUGAGCAGCAAUUGGUCAACCCAAGGUAAACAGUACAUACAUGUAAAUAUUUGUGUAAUUUCCUUUACAUCUAUUUUUUGACACUUGAAUGUGCAAUAUGAAAUAAUUUUUAUAUGCUGCUGCAGUUUGUUGGCAGUUUGAAUUCGAGCAGGUCAGUCAUUAUGUAUUGCACCUUUAAGUAUAUUUACUGACAGCAAGUUUGUUUAAUAUCAGAGAUCUUUAUUCAAGUACUACUCGCAUCUAUGACUUUAAAUUCUAUCAAAGUAAUAAUUAACAGUAUCUUUGCUUUUACUCAAGUGUGACUUUUGGGUACUUUUUAUAGGACUUUAUGAGAUAAUAAAUGUGAUUAAUUUGUAGUACGUUUAUACAGCCUAUUGGAUGUAUAUAUUAACAAUUAUCAAUAAACAAACUGCAUGUGUCUAUUUGUUCUAAACUGCUGUGGAACACCUGAUAGAUGUCUCUAAAGAGAUAACACCUUUUUCUAAGGAAGUGCAGCACAUGUUGUUUCAGUUUCAACUUUUCUGAAAACCAUGAUGAUGAUGAUGAUGGUCUUGAUGAUGCUGCACCUCUGAAACAGUUUCAUUUCUGUGUUAAUGCAAGUGUUGUGUAAACAAAACCACAGCUGAUCAGUUUGUGCCACGUCUACUACAUGUACAGAGGUCAACUUGACUAAUGUAUUUGAAAUAAAAUAAUUUGGCCUUAA